CUUAUGGCUCCCAUGUUCCAAAUGCCCCCAACCUACCCCCUAGGGCCCUGGCCCUGGCCCCGCAGGAGAGGCUGCGCCUUGGUACCACCACAAGUUCCCCCAUCAGCACCUCCCAUCAGAGAGGGCCCCGCCCCUGCCGGGCUGACUGCGGCCUCUGGUGACUGUGCCCAACCCAGCCCAUCCUGCCAGGGAAAGGAGGUGAGGGCGGUGGGCCCUUAGCUGGGCAGGGGAGGGUAUUGCUUGCCAGGUCUCAUUUCUGUUCCACACAUGUGUGUGUGUGUGUGUGUGUGUGUGUGUGCACGCACUUGAUCUCUGUCUCCUUUUGCUUCUCCCUGUCUGUCUGUGUCCUAUCUCUCUGCCUGUCUUCCUCCCUCCAUUUCUCUCCCCUCUGCCAACCUGCCCCACCUCCUCUGCAGCUCAGUGAUAACCCCUGGGCAAGAGUGUUACCUAAUCUUCCUCUGGUUGCCUCUAGCCUUCACCCCCACCUUUCUUUCUCCCAGCAGACGCCCGCCUGCCCUGGCAGCCAUGAGGCCCCCGUGGUGUCCCCUGCACGAGCCCUCCCUCACUACCCCAUUCCUCCUCCUCCUCUUCCUCUUCAUGGGAGGAGGGGCAGGGGCUGAGGGCUGGGAGGACCCAGGGCUUCUGGUGACAGUGCGAGGGGGCCACCUGCGGGGCAUCCGCCUAAUGGCCCCUGGGGGCCCUGUCUCUGCUUUUCUGGGCAUCCCCUUUGCGGAGCCACCUGUGGGCCCCCGUCGAUUUCUGCCGCCGGAACCCAAGCGGCCUUGGUCAGGGGUGCUGAAUGUCACAGCCUUCCAAAGUGUCUGCUACCAAUACGUGGACACCUUGUACCCUGGCUUUGAGGGCAGCGAGAUGUGGAACCCCAACCGUGAGCUGAGUGAGGACUGCCUCUACCUCAACGUGUGGACACCAUACCCCCGGCCUGCAUCCCCCGCCCCUGUCCUCGUCUGGAUCUAUGGGGGUGGCUUCUACAGUGGGGCCUCCUCCCUGGACGUGUAUGAUGGCCGCUUCCUGGCCCAGGCCGAGGGGACUGUGCUGGUGUCCAUGAACUACCGGGUGGGAGCUUUUGGCUUCUUGGCCCUGCCGGGGAGCAGAGAAGCGCCAGGCAACGUGGGUCUAUUGGAUCAGAGGCUGGCACUGCAGUGGGUGCAGGAGAAUGUGGAAGCCUUUGGGGGGGACCCAAUGUCAGUGACAUUGUUUGGGGAAAGCGCAGGUGGUGCAUCCGUGGGCAUGCACCUGCUAUCCCCACCCAGCCGGGGCCUGUUCCAUAGGGCUGUGCUGCAGAGCGGUGCACCCAAUGGGCCCUGGGCCACGGUGGGUGUGGGAGAGGCCCGCCGCAGGGCCACCAUGCUGGCCCGCUUCGUGGGCUGCGCCCCAGGUGGAGCUGCUGGCAAUGACACAGAGCUGGUAGCCUGCCUGCGGACACGGCCAGCUCAGGACCUGGUAGACCACGAGUGGCACGUGCUGCCACAGGAAAGCGUCUUCCGCUUCUCCUUUGUGCCUGUGGUGGAUGGAGACUUCCUCAGUGACACGCCCGAGGCCCUCAUGGAUGCUGGAGACUUCCACGGCCUGCAGGUGCUGGUGGGUGUGGUGAAGGAUGAGGGCUCCUAUUUUCUGGUUUACGGGGCCCCAGGCUUCAGCAAAGACAACGAGUCUCUCAUCAGCCGGGCCCAGUUCCUGGCCGGGGUGCGGGUCGGGGUCCCUCAGGCAAGUGACCUGGCUGCCGAGGCUGUGGUCCUGCAUUACACAGACUGGCUGCACCCUGAGGACCCAGAGCUCCUGAGGGAUGCCAUGAGUGAUGUGGUGGGCGACCACAACGUCGUGUGCCCCGUGGCCCAGCUGGCUGGGCGACUGGCUGCCCAGGGUGCUCAGGUCUAUGCCUACAUCUUUGAACACCGUGCGUCCACGCUCCCCUGGCCCCUCUGGAUGGGGGUGCCCCACGGCUACGAGAUUGAGUUCGUCUUUGGGCUCCCCCUGGAACCCUCGCUAAACUACACCGUCGAAGAGAAAUCGUUUGCCCAGCGGCUGAUGAGAUACUGGGCCAACUUCGCCCGCAAAGGGGACCCCAAUUAUCCCCCGGACCCCAAAGUCCCGCAGUGGCCACAGUACACAGCGGAAGCGCAGCAAUACGUGAGCUUGAACCUACGGCCGCUGGAGGUGCGGCAAGGGUUGCGCACCCAGGCCUGCGCCUUCUGGAACCGUUUCCUACCCAAAUUGCUCAGCGCCACCGACACGCUGGACGAAGCGGAGCGCCAGUGGAAGGCGGAGUUCCACCGCUGGAGCUCCUACAUGGUGCACUGGAAGAACCAGUUUGACCAUUACAGCAAGCAGGAGCGCUGCUCGGACCUGUGACCCAGGCCGGACCCCAUGGCCCCAGCCUUGCCCCCCGCCCGGCCCCUUAGCUGUAUAUACUAUUUAAGGGCUGGGAUAUAACUCGGAGGAGCCUCAGACUCUGCCCACCCCCCGACUUUGCCCCGGGGCUCCCUGUCCUCUGCAUGUCUCGGGCCCAGCCCCCCUCCCCGCGGUGCCUUCGCCCCUCUGGGCUGCCAAUAAACUGUUACAGCCA